AUUUUCCUUAAUCAAGAUUCAAAACCCCCCACGCCUCUCUCUCUCUCUCUCUCUCAGAGCGUCAUGGUGAAAUUAUCUUUUCGUAUUCGUCGUUCUCUGAGGGAUUGAAUCGCAUACUCCAGCUCGGUCAUGCUUGAAAAGCUCAGGUGCAGUUAUGCUUGAAUUAUUGAAGGACUCAGCUUCUGUAACGAUUUUGUCGAGUUGGUUUUCUUGCCAACAUCACCAACAUGACCGGACUGUCUACUUGCGUAGAAUUAGCUGUCAGCAAUUUCGUUGUAGCGUGUAUAUUAAUUCUGUUAUAAAGUCGAAUAGGUGGUGUGCGAUAAUGCCUGACCUUCGCAUAACCUCCAUGCGGCAACCAGGGACGCGACAAAAUUGUUUAUUAAGACCCGUUUGGAUUGAAAAAUCUCGCAUCGAUAUGAACAUGGUUGCGACUGUUGAUGCUGGUCCGGUUUGUGAAGAAGGGGAAGGAAAGGAACUGAUUAGAGGAGGAGAUGAAGGGUUUGAAGCAUCUAUUUUUGAGCAGACUUUGCCUCCUUGGGGAGAUGUAGCGAUUCAGAAGGAUCGAGAUAUUGAACCUAGAUGCGUUGGCCCGCCUGAGUCAAAUUCUACUGCGACGACUACUUUGAACGAAACGAGGGUACAUUUCUUGGAGGAAACGGAUGAAGAGCAGUUAUCAAAGCGACUUUUAGUACUUAGCAGAACCAAUAAAGUUCGAAGUGCAUUUGAAUUGUUCAGGUCGAUGGACUUUUUGGGUCUUUCUCCUAAUUUUCAUGCAUGUAAUUCUCUUUUAUCUUGCCUUUUGAGGAAUGGGCUGCUUGAAGAUGGGUUGAGACUCUUUGAGUUUAUGAAGACAAAGCAGAUAACUACGAGGCACACUUACAGUAUAGUACUGAAAGCUGUUGCCAAUUCUCGAGGUUGCGAUGCAGCCCUUGAAAUGUUUAUGGAAUUGCGAGGGGAAUGUGAAGUGAGGAAGGAUUUUGAUGCUAUAGUCUAUAACACCAUGAUAACAGUCUGUUGUAAAGUUAACAAUUGGGUUGAAGCUGAGAGGAUAUGGAAUUGUAUGAAGGCAAAUGGCUGUUGUGCAACUCGAGUUACUUACUGCCUCUUAGUCAGCAAUUUUGUUCGCUGCGGCCAAACCGAACUGGCUAUCGAUGCUUACAGCCAGAUGGUUCGAAAUGGAUUCAAGCCAGGGACUGAUACAAUGCAAGCUAUAAUUAGUGUGUGCACGAAGGAGGGAAACUGGAGUUUGGCACUUAGCGUCUUUCAAGAUAUUUUGAAGGGUGGGCUUAAGCCAAACCCGAUUGCAUGCAAUGCAUUGAUUAACUGCCUUGGCAAAGCCGGGGAGCUCAAACUAGCAUUUAAGGUUUAUGACAUCAUGAGGUCAUUGGGCCAUUCACCAGAUUCAUACACAUGGAAAGCUUUACUUGGUGCUCUUUACAAGGAAGAUCGACACAAUGAUGUUCUUUGGCUCUUUGAAAUCAUUAAGAGAUAUCAGGGCUCCCUGUUGAGUUUGCAUUUGUUCAACACUGCUUUGAUGUCUUGUUCGAAGCUCGGGUCAUGGGAUAGAGCUCUGCAGCUUUUGUGGCAAAUGGAAGCCUCUGGACUCUUAGUUCCAACUGAAUCAUAUAAUCUGGUCAUUAGUGCUUGUGAGAUUGCAAGGAAGCCGAAAGUUGCAUUGCAAGUGUACCAGCACAUGGUUUACCAAAAGCGCAAUCCUGACACAUUUACUCAUCUGUCGCUAUUAAGAGGUUGCAUUUGGGGAUCUUUAUGGGAUGAAGUUGAGGAAAUCCUAAAUCGGGCUACCCCAAAUGUCUCUCUUUACAAUGCUGUCAUUCAAGGAAUGUGCUUAAGAGGCAAGACUGAAUCUGCAAAGAAGCUCUACAUGAAAAUGCGUGAGAACGGUCUUCAACCCGAUGGAAAAACACGUGCUUUGAUGCUUCAAAACUUGCCAAGUGAUUCAGCUUCACGAAGAAACAGGAGGUUAUUUCGUUACGGUCAACAUGGACAGAAGAUUAAAAGGAGAAAAGGAAAGAGAUAAUCAGUAAUUAAGCUCGUCCGGAUUGAUUAGCUGAAUCAUGAAUCAGUUGAAGGUAUGUAUGACAAGCAAAGCCUAUGUUGUACGGAGCAAAGUCAUGUACACAACUGUUACCUGUUCCGUCGAUACUUUGUUUCUUCGGACAUGGGUUUUCAGUGCAUAGAAGGAACAUGUUGCAAAUAUCCCAUAUUGAUGUAAUACAAAAGAUUAUUAUUUCGUUAUUCUUUAAAGGAUUUUCAUAAGACAAUUCGUCAAUUAGAUUGCGCAGUUCAGUUCAAGUAUUCGAAUGUGAUAUGCAGAAUGAUAUUUCACAAAAUUCAAAAAUAGGCAUCACAAGUUUCAGAUAACAGAUAUGAAGCAGAAAAUGAGACAGCAAACAUGAUUAAUUAUGUUACGAGGUGGGAGGGUGUUGCCAGAUGGAUUGCACUUUGGAUUCGAGCAAAGACCCAUACUGAUCAAGCAUCCAGACGACAAUUUCAAACUCCGUCACUUGCCGCACUAUGGCAUCGAUCUACAGGACGUACUCGUCGAAUCAAAUGCUCUCGGACUUCAACUGCUCCACAAAUACUCUCUCAGCCCAGACGCCACAGCUUCUGUACUCAACUCUCAGAUCCUUCUCCUCCAACAGUUCCUGGUAAUUUAUUCGUCCCCU